AUGGGACAUGCCUUUGCAAUUCUCAAGGCUCUCUGGCCCAGAGAUUUUGAAACCGACCAAGACUACAUGGUUUCUGUCCCCGGGCAAUGGGCUGUCGAUGAACCUGACACUGGGCUUCUUCGUGAUAUCCCUGUCGACUGCCCGCGUGUGCUCAGGGAGCUCAUCACAAAUAUGUUCGAGAAUCAAAAAGGCUCCACGAUCACUCAAGCUGGAGCUUCCCUCAAGGCAUGGACGAACGAAAAGCGGCCAACGUUGACGCAACAAUUUGAGAAUGUGCCCACCCUGGCCCACGCACUUAAGACUUUCAGUCACGAUCUGUAUCAUCGGUCGACAGACUCUUCCAGACGCACGGAACAGGCAACCUCUCAGUUUCAGGAUGUUAUGGGAGUUGUUCAACUGUGCCAUCUGAUCAUAAUCACCCAGCUUGAUGCGCCAUACGAGUGGUACUGCAGAUCGACCGAAGGGCGCAAAAAGACUUCGGCGGCCUUGGGCAUUCUGCCGAGCUAUAUCUCAUGGACGUCCGCCCCAGCUUUGUUGGAGACUGUUGGAUUGAGCGCCUUGUCUGUCUCUAGCUUGGCUAUGGCCGGGGGUCUGGGCGCCAUGUACUACAGCUAUCGUAUUUUCAACCACUUCCUCCAUCUGCAUAGCGAGUAUCUGGACUUGUCAUUCCCAGGAGUGUUAGCUGCUACUCUCCAAGCUCUCGGGCUUCCCCCAGCUAAGCCAGGUGAAAUGGUUGAGAAGACACUGCUGAACCAUCUGAAGGAAGAUGCACAGUCCCCACGCACGCCAGAGACUUUGGAAAAAUGGAGAGUCGAGCUUGAGAAGGGUCUCGAAAAUUACCCUGGCGCUAAGGACAAUCAGUGGUCUAUUAUCCCUGAUUACUUUUGGGCGAAAUGGCUCUUUACCGUUACUGAGGUGGCCCAGCUUCGGAUUCAGCUCUUGGAUAAGAUCUGUAUCGGAGUGCAAGGCUCUACGGAGGCUGGCAAGAGUCAGAUGCUAACUGUUCUUACGGGAGCGUCCAAGAAUCACUUCAAACCAGGAUCCAGCAAUUAA